GCCACUUUCAACAUUACCUUCUCUGUUCUUUGCAUUCACUGCGCGACCAUUUCUAGUCUAGAACAUCGAUCAUCCGACUGCAAAUUCACACUCGCUGUCGUGACGACGUCUCUAUUCAACGUGCAACAUGGACUCUCGGCUCGCUUGGCCCCAUGUCACAAUUAUAAUGCACCGGACAUCGACUACGACCUACUCUUGCCUUGUAAUAUGAUUCAUCUAAUACUCUCCGACUCUCCGUUGUGAUUGUAUAGUGUAUGGAUGUCACGCUUAUACGUCUCGAACAAGUCAUAGCGGCCGUCUGGUGUCUCGCAGCCGCUUGGGCUGAUCUCGCCUUCGGUGACAAGUCAACCCUUCAGCCCUUUGUAUCCUCGUCUCUUAACGAAAUCCUCAUACCACAACCAGCCAGCCGAUCAUGCUUCAUAACGAUUUUUACGGAGCGAUACCUCAGACACGGUCCGAGCUCACAAGUCGAGGAUCCGGACUCUGUCUCAUGGACAAUGGGUGGGAGCAGAUGGUAUCCCCCAUUUCCACAAUCCAGCAACGCUGCUACUACUCUAAUGAAGCCAUCACCAGCGUCACUUCAAGGGCCGCACCCCUCAGCCUUUGCGCAAUCUAUACUCUCAUCGCCUAACGUGAUGACCUUUUGCCACGCAUAGUCACACCGAAGUCGAGACCGUUACCUCAUGACACCGCGAACUCCUGCAGGAUAUCGUGGGGGAGGGAUAUGGAACGAUAGAGGAAGGAAAGGAAGGGCCCCGUCCUGCCGGACGGAAGACGAAUGUACAAGACGGCACAAGACAGAAGGAAACUACUACUUGGAUCCGGUGUUUAUUCCUCGGACGACGCACGUGGACCGGCAAGACGGCGAAGAAAGGGAGCAUGAAGGAAAGGAAGGGAACUGUAUAAUGAAGAAAAGAGGAAAUAAACGUCACAUUCCACGA